GUUUCUUGCGAAGUAUAGUGUCACUCCCACCAUAUACACUCCCACCAGCAACAAAUCUUUGACACCUUAACAAUAUACCCAUGGAUUAAGAUAAAAUUUAGCAUUUAUCUGGUUUUUUAUUGGUAAAAAACCAACAUAUUUUCUACACAACCUAACGCAUUAAAUAAUUUUAAUCAUGCUGGUGCUGGUUCUCGGAGAUUUACACAUUCCACAUCGAUGCAGUAGUUUGCCAAGCAAGUUUAAAAAAUUACUUGUUCCUGGAAGGAUACAGCAUAUUCUGUGUACUGGAAACCUUUGCACUAAAGAGUCUUAUGAUUAUUUAAAAACUUUAGCUAAUGAUGUACAUAUUGUAAGAGGAGACUUUGAUGAGAAUCUCAAUUAUCCAGAACAGAAAGUGGUUACAGUUGGCCAAUUUCGAAUAGGUUUAUCUCAUGGUCAUCAAGUUGUUCCAUGGGGGGAUCCAGAAGCAUUAGCUUUAAUUCAACGUCAAUUAGAUGUUGAUAUACUCAUAACUGGCCAUACUCAUAAGUUUGAAGCUUAUGAACAUGAAAAUAAAUUUUAUAUUAACCCUGGUUCUGCUACAGGAGCUUACAAUCCUCUUGACACGUCUGUGAUUCCAUCAUUUGUAUUAAUGGACAUUCAAAGUUUCAUUGUUGUUACAUAUGUCUACCAAUUAGUUGGUGAUGAAGUUAAAGUUGAAAGGAUUGAGUAUAAAAAGAGUUAACAAUUAAAAUAAUUUGUGAAAUCUUAAAUAUUUACUUUCAUAUUAUAUCAUGUACUCAAUCAAUUAUGAAAAGUUUAUUUGGAUGAAUUUUUUAUAACAAUAAGCAAUUUAAAUAUUUUAUUAGACACAAAAAUUUAUUAAAACUUGAUUUAUAUUUACUUAAACUUGAUAUUUAGUGUUUAGUGCAUAAAUUGUAAAUAAAAAUAUGAUUGUAUACAGUACUUUACAAACUUAAGAAAGUGAUUAAAUUUUUUAAUUAGAAAAUAUUGUGUGUGCAUUUAAAAAUUGAGAAAACUUGAAUAAUAUAAUUAACCCAUGAAAAAUAAUUUUGAUAAAACCUUAUAUUAUUAGAUUAUAUAAGAACUUAAAUUUAUAUUUUGUUGCUACAUAUGUUUGUAUUAGUAUUAUUCGCUGUGGGUUUUCUUUAAUAGUUUACUUAAAUUAUAAAUAGUGAGUGCUGGAACUGAAAAAUUGUAUGAGGUGGAAAACAACGAUAAAUUUUUUUACCUGUGUACAAUUAAUCAUUUUAGGAAUAAUCUGUAUGUAACCAUUUUUUAACAAAAAAAUCUAACGAUAUUUUUCGAAUGUUAAUUUGAUUAUGCUACGUGGUAAUAUUUUGUUUCGUUGUAAAAAUAAAAAUUAAUGUCGUAGAAAUCAUUGUCGAGUUGUUAAAAUUAAUAAUUCGAAAACUAAUUUUAUUAACUAAUGAAUUCAAAAAAUUUAAAAACUAAUUUUCCGUACUCCACGUGGAAUUCUUGAUGUCGGUAAGUUUUUCAAGCUACCACUAUUUAUAAUUCGACUAAGUUAUUAGAGUGAAUAAACAACACAUUAAUACGUGAGGAUUGUAAUAAUUUAAUUCUUUUAAUCAUUUGGAAAUAAACAAGAACUUGCGAUAUCUUGUGAUGUAUGUAAGUUAAAAAAUAGAUAAAACAACUUGUCAGUGAACAUUUAACAACGCUGAAAAAAUUGCAAGAAUUUUGUAAGUUACGUCUUUUUACAAUCGCAAUUUGCAUCGAGAAUAGCGUACGAAUGAAAAUUAAUUAAUAGUAAUUGAUGUUAAUUGAAAGGGAAAAUAUACGAUCUCGUCAAUUCGCGAGCUUGAAGCCAUACAUCAUUCUGUUAUAAUAAAAUUCUGUGUUUAUGUACUAUAUAUACUUUUUCCUAUCAAGAUAAAUUAAAAUGUUUAAAUAAUUAAUUAUCGUGAUUUGAAAUAAUGUCCACUUGAAUGAUUUAAAGUAUUGUUUUCUUUAAUGUUAUUUAAUCGAUCCAAAAAUAUUGAUUUUGUUUCGUUGACUUCACCUGAAUUCAUAUCGCUUUAUAGUCUAGAAGCCGAGAGAGAUUCCGAGGCCGAUGGGGGUAACUGUCUCUACCUAAGUGUAUUUUAUGUAUUUUCAACUGACACGAGAACACGAACUUCGAGAGUGGCGCGCUAAAAUAUCAACAGACAACUAGUUAUAAAUAACUUAAUUGCUUAAAAGAUCGGAAAAAAUAUAUCAAUUAUCUCA